UAACUGCGGCCUAAGAUGACGGAUCUAGCGGCAGUAAGGCGGCGGGUGGUUCUGGUGGUGAGCGGUUUAGCCGAGGCGCUGCUGAGGGAGAUCCGGACCGUGGAGGAGAAGGUCUCCUUCACCGGCAUGAAGCCCCGGACCGAGGUAGGCUAACUGCUGCUAACGCCUAACACCAUAGAUAUCCAUAAUAAAGGCUAGAUGUCUUACGCCGGAGUCUCAAACGUCAUCACCGGGCGGCCAUCUUGCCUCAGGCAGGCUUUCUGUUGUGCUCUGUGGUACUUAAUGUAAGGAAUUUGCUGGGUUUAUUUAUAGGAAGAUGCCAGACUUUUGUGCAGCCUACGGAUGCUCCAAUCGCCGUAGUGUCAAAACGAGAGCCAGUGGGAUCACCUUUCACACGUUUCCCAAAAAUGGAAAGAUGAGGAAGCUGUGGGAACUUGCCCUAAGAAGGGACAGUUUUGUUGCGACUGACAGGACUCUGCUUUGCAGUGAGCACUUCAGGAGUGAGGAUUUUGACCGAACAGGGCAGACAGUCCGACUUAAAGAUGGUGUUGUGCCCAAAAUCUUCAAUUUUCCAGCUCAUCUUCAAAGGCUAGUAGCCACAAGAAACACAACCACCUCUAGAAGAGUGGAAGACAACCUGCCAAUGGACGUGUCCCAGGAUGUACCUCAACCUGAUGCUGAGGAAGUGGGAGCUGCAGUGGACCAGCUGUGUCUGGAAGCUGUGGAUAAAAUCCUGAAGAUAAUGGAAGUGAACAUGGCCACAGAGGAAGUGACCGCUGGAGAAGCUCCGCCUCCACCUGAUGACGGCUGUGGAAGCUCAACGAGGACUGCAGUGGACCAGCUGUGUCUGGAAGCUGUGGAUAAAAUCCUGGAGAUAAUGGAAGUGAACGUGGCCACACAGGAAGUGACCGCUGGAGAAGCUCCGCCUCCACCUGAUGACGGCUGUGGAAGCUCAACGAGGACCGAGACAGAACAAGGUGAAAAGGCAGCCAUCGCUGAAGCCGGCAGAGACCACGCCUACAUCCUCCUGCUCAUAAGCCCCGCUGGAGACGCUGGGAACCUGCUGGUGGCGCUGCAGACCACCGACAGCGCUGAGGGUGAGUUAGAGAAGAAGAACGGAUCCCUGAGGAGCUGCUGCUAUAAUCUGGCCUGAAACAUUCAUCGGAUUAAUUGAUUGUUGAGAUUAUUUAUACAGCAUGGAAUCAAUUCCACACGUCAUCAUCUCAAAGCGACCCGCUAUGAGCAGCAAUUAUACCAAGAUUGUAAAAAAAUACGUAAACAAUUUAAAUUAAGGAUAAAUGUUUCUGCCUGUAAAUCUGCUCUAUGACUCACAAGUCGAAAAGUUUCAGUUUCAACUGGUUUCAUUUCGUAAAAUAAUCAUCUUUUUUAGGAACCUUUAGCUAUCUGAUUAUUAAUCCAUUAAUUAAAAAACGUAUUAAUUGAUUUGCAAAUGAAUGUUUAGUUGCAGCUCUUGUUAUUUAAAUGUGAGCAGCUCCCUCUGCUG